AUCUCUUCUUCCUAUACCACAGCUAACCACAGCUGUGCGAUACCUGAUAGGUCCCUCCUCGCAGCGACUCACCGGGCAUUUACCGCUCUUUCAUGUCCGUACACCCGCGUUGCCCGGAAAGCACGGUCAGCCGCCCUCUUCCACCGGAUCAUACGUACAUCUACCUAUGGAAGGUCUUUUAUUACUUUUACAUAGUUGGUUACCCCUGCGCGUCUAUCCACACUAGCUCUCUUAUCGAAUAAUCAAUGCCACAAUCGUCGGGUGAUUGCCUCGCGGCUGACCUCCUGACAUCAAUACCAGCAUACCAUGUAUAUUUGGUAACACUGGUUCCUCUUGGAGUGUUCCAUAAUAUCCGAAUGACGCCCACAUUGGUCUUUACCAUACACAGCGCCAUCGUGUGUAUCGUAAGUAUGGGACCAUCGAUACCGCGAGCUUUAGUUCCUACCAAGCCUUUCCCUCGGGUUUCAAAUAAUCCAUGUCUUCGUAGGCUGACGUGCGGCCAUUCUCAUGGUAACUAUCCCUCCUCUUUGAACCGAAAGUCCCGGUGAGAUUCUGGUAUUAUUAUCCGCGAAAGCCUAUCACGAAGUCCACAGGAAGCCAACCCGCCGCUAACUCCAGAGCGGUCCUUCCGUAAUCUCCGUCAUCAAGCUAGUAGAAUUCCAUCAGGAUAUUCUAUUCUCAACGGAGCAAAUUUGCUGCGGUGUCGUGGGGCAAGACCGUUUCCCCACAAUCGUACGUUGUUUGACGUUAGCGACGUAAAUACAAACAUGUGUACGACUUCGCUAAAGG